UCUCUCCAGUUGGAGCACCGAGAACCAAGCUGGCAGAAGAAGAUGGCGCACGGCGGCGGACCAAGGCAGGUGAAACUGGACCGAGAGAGCGAGCUCAGAAUCGAAGUCGGCUACGACACCCCUCUCAAGUUCCGCCUGCUCAGCGGCACCGCUGAGAUCUUCGGCAACGAGCUCCCCCCUGAUAUCUGGCUCACACCUUCCCGCCCAGGCUUAAAUUUGCUGCAAGCCUUCGUCUUCCCCUAGCUCUUUUCCCAAGUUUACAUCUUUUUAAUAGAAUUUGCGUUGUGGGUUUUGAUUGUUAAAGAUUUUGAAUCGCAUUUGUGUUGUGGGUUUUGGUUGUUGAAGGUUUUUACUUGGAACGGAGCAACAGUUGAGAUGGAGGGCGGUACGGAAACCGAGUACUGGGCUGAUGAGACCCCAACUAUCAGAACGGAGACACCGCGCUAAACCCUUGCUGCCCGAUGACCCCGAUUCUCAGAUAAUAAAUGCAAACCUUUCUACAUGUUUCAAGUGGUGUCAUUUUUCACGGACUUAUCGCCACGUGGCAGCCGGCUGUACACCUGCUGACACUUGUCCAAACCCCAGUAGGCCACGUAGAAAACACGACAAAAGCGAGGACCGGGUAGUCGCCGGCCCGGUACGCCCGGUACAUUGUGGUGAGGUAGCAGAUUGUGAGGUUGAAGUAAGCAAAGUGGCCGAUGAAGUCCGGUCUUUGAGUAAUUUGUUGGGGUUUUUGGGGAGCAUUGGUUGGCAACAUAUUUGCAAUUCUGUGCAAGUUUUUGGGUUCGAGCUUUAUAUCGAGUGAGGUUUGAUUUGGGGGGUUGUGGUUAUUCAAGCGAACCCACGUAUGGAAGGUGCGUAGAAUUUACCAUGAAGUUGUCACGAGGUGCCGAGGACUUGGAAAGGUAAAGUGGCAAUUGCCCUUCAACUUUCUUCGAAAGAGAACAAGAAGGAGCCUACAAAGUCAUGGUCCCAUGGACUGUUUUGUGAGUCCAUCUGCGAAGGUGCCUAGAAUUACAAUACAAUAUAAUAGUUGGUGCGAGAGUUUAUCAUAAAAGGCUUGCUCUAAUAUAAUAUCAAGUUUUUGUAGAGACAGGCCAACGACUCAUCAUCAUCAAGUGAUGAUGUGAUACUUACGAUAAAUUUCGAGAUUUGUGUAGGAUAGAUAUAAAUUUCAAAAUUUAAACUUAUUUGACAGUGAUAAAUAAGGUGGUGAACAUUACCACCACUUAAAAGUUGUGAGAAAAAACACAUGCUAACGAGUUUAAAUUAUAAGAUUUGUAUCUAUCCACUGUAUAUAUCAUGAAAUUUCAAUAAUAAUAAUAAAUAAGUAACCACCACGAGGUGACCCGUAAUCAGGGACAAACUCCAGACCUGCAUUCCACACAUCACGUUAUGUGUUUAAUUCCUGACAUUGGUGAAUCACACGAUGGUGACUAAAGAAAGGCUAAAAUUGCCUCUAUGAGUGUUAUCAACCUCUAAUAAAAUAGACUGCCGUGACGAAACUAACAGCUCGUCCUCUAAUUUUUUUUAUAAAAAAAGAAUAAUAAAUAAAGUAGUUCGACAAAAAGAAAUAAUGAAUAAGGUAGUUGGUGGAUCAGAGUACUCCCAUUAAAUAGAGUUCGGAAGAGAUAUUCUCCAGAUUUUUUCCAUCAAAGUCACCAAAUC